CAACUCACCGUCGACACAAACACAGUCCACAAAUACAUCAAACUGUCUAACAACAACAGGAAGAUGAUGUUUGUGGGGAAGGAUCAGUCAUAUCCUGAUCAUCCAGACAGGUUUGAUUACUGGCCUCAGCUGCUGUGUAGAGAAGUUCUGACGGGUCGCUGUUACUGGGAGGUCGAGUGGAGCGGAAUGGUUUCUGUAUCAGUGAGUUACAGAAGAAUCAGCAGGAAAGGAAACUGUGAUGACUGUUGGUUUGGAAUAAACGAUCAUUCCUGGAGUCUGGACUGUUAUCCAGGUGAUCAGUACCGUGUCUGGCACAAUAACAGAGAAACAUCCAUCUCCUCCUCAUCUCCAUAUCCAGGCUCUAACAGAGUAGCAGUGUACGUGGACGUUCCUGCUGGAACUCUGUCCUUCUAUGAAGUCUACCCUGACAGACUGUUCCACCUCCACACCUUCAACACCAGCUUCACUGAACCUCUCUGUGCUGGAUUUGGACUCUGGUCUGGUUCAUUGUCUCUGUGUCCAGUUUAG